AUGCUCAUUACACUGCAUAAUGAUUACUUCCACAGCUUUUAUGACAAUAUAGUUUUGAAAAGCCGUUCACUGCUUUCACAUGGCCUAUUAUUUUUUAUUUUUUUGUAUCUUCUGUUGUGGAAUAUAACGGAGGCGCAGACUCGCUACUCAAUUCCAGAGGAGAUGAACGUGGGAUCCGUUGUUGGAAAUUUAGCUAAAGAUCUGGGAUUGGAAAUUUCGGAGAUUUAUGACCGUGAACUACGAAUAGACUCAGAGGGCGGUAAGCAGUAUUUCACUGUGGACUUGGGGAAAGGCGAGCUCAUUGUUAAUGAGAGGAUAGACAGAGAAAGCCUAUGUGGACAAAGCGCCGGUUGUCUGUUGCCUUUAGAAGCAAUCGUAGAAAACCCACUUCAGAUGCAUCGUGUUGAAAUUGAGAUAAAUGACAUAAAUGACAAUUCACCUGUUUUUCAAAGCAACCAGAAUGUCUUGAGCGUUGCUGAGUCUACGGUACCGGGUGUGAAGUUUCGUUUAGAUUCGGCUCAAGACCCGGACGUUGGCUCAAAUACAGUACGCUCAUAUACACUCAGUAAAAACGAGCAUUUUACUUUGAAUAUUAAAACUAAAGAUGGGAAUAAAGUUCCUGAGUUAGUUUUACAUAAAAUGUUAGACAGAGAGCAAAUAGCAACACACAGUCUCUAUCUAACGGCCGUAGAUGGCGGAAAUCCAGCAAGAUCUGGCACAACAGAAAUAAUUGUUCGAGUGCUGGAUAAUAAUGACAACCCACCUACAUUUGAAAAGUCACUUUAUGACGCAAAACUGCUAGAAAACACCCAAGUUGGGACAAUUAUUCUAACCGUUAAAGCUUUAGAUCUAGACGAAGGUGUCAAUGGCGAAAUAUUGUAUUCUUUUGAGCCACACACUCUUGAAUUAAUUCAGAAUAUGUUCUCAAUUGAUUCUGAAACGGGAGAAAUAGCUGUCCGUGGCAAGAUAGAUUUUGAAAAUGCAGGUGUUCACAAAUUUGAUGUUGUAGCAACAGACAAAGGACCUCUUGCAAUGCAAGGACUUUGUACAGUUGAAAUAGACGUAAUAGAUUUGAACGACAAUAUCCCAGAGGUUAUUUUGAAAUCUAAACCCAACCCUGUCAGGGAAGACGCACCAAUUGGCACUGUUGUAGCUCUUCUACGAGCAAAAGAUUUUGAUUCAGGCGAUAACGGUAAAGUUAGUCUAACUUUACCGAAGGACAUACCAUUUAAAUUAAAGCAAUCAAUGUCUAACAAUUACGCUUUGCUUACUGAUCUUGCACUGGACAGGGAAUCAAAUGCUGAGUACAGAAUAGUGAUAACUGCAGAGGAUUCUGGGACACCCCCUCUAUCAUCAAGGCAGAUCAUUACGGUUAAAGUUCUUGAUGUUAACGAUAAUCCCCCGGUUUUCUCCCAGCCGUUAUAUACGGUGUAUGUGAAAGAAAACCGAACACCUGGAUCGAUAUUAUGUUCAGUAUCCGCCUCUGAUCCAGAUACAGGAGAAAAUGCCAAGAUAUCAUACUCUAUACUAGACACGAAAGUGCAGGACGUUUCUGCCUCGUCUUAUGUUUACAUCAACUCAGACAACGGCAGCAUCUACAGUAUGCACUCGUUUGACUACGAGAAGCUAAAGGUGUUUCAGAUUCAGGUGCAGGCAAAGGACCACGGCUCUCCGUCUCUGAGCAGCAACGUCACGGUUCAAGUUUUUAUCUUGGACCAGAACGACAAUGCCCCUUCUGUUAUUUACCCCUCCGCUGUCAUGGGCUCUGUUUCCCACCAGAAGAUGCCCCGGUUCGCUAAAGCAGGCCACCUCGUCACCAAAGUAACGGCAGUGGACGCUGACUCGGGCCAUAACGCCUGGGUUUCCUAUAGACUGGCGGAGGCCACAGACGCCUCUCUGUUCAGCGUGAAUCUGUAUACAGGGGAGGUGAGGAUUAAACGAGCUGUUUUAGAGCAGGAUGACUCUUCUCAAAGGCUGCUUAUAGAGAUAAAGGACAACGGGGAACCGGUCCAGUCCGCCACAGUCACUGUCAACAUACUGGUAGAGGACGGGCUUCAUGAGCCCAUCUCAGACUUCCACCUCAAAACAACAGAGCCCAGCAAACGGAACAGUAAAAUCACUUUUUAUCUGAUCGUGUCUCUGGCCUCCGUGUCAGUGCUGUCUUUGUUGACUUUCCUCAUCUUAGUGGUGAAGUGCGCUAGAAACAGUCGGAACAAUUCGAAUUGUUGUAUCAGACGGGCUGACUCUGACGGACACAAGAAUCCCAACAGAAACCUGCAGAUCCAGCUCAACAGUGACGGGCCUAUUAAGUAUGUGGAGGUCCUGGGAGGAGACAUGUUGUCUCAGAGCCAGUCCUUCAGGUCGUGUAUGUCUCCGAUGUCAGAGUUCAGUGAUUUCACCAUGGUGAAGCCCAGCAGCACCACUGACUUUAAGGACAUGAUAAACGUGCUUGACGCAUCACUUCCUGACAGCGCGUGGACGUUCGAGAGUCAACAGGUGAGCUCGGCACAACAUUUGUAUUUGACGUUAUAUACGGUGUAUGUGAAAGAAAACGGAACCCCGGGAUCGAUAUUGUGUUCAGUAACCGCCUCUGAUCCAGAUACAGGAGAAAAUGCCAAGAUAUCAUACUCUAUACUAGACACAAAAGUGCAGGACGUUUCUGCCUCGUCUUAUGUUUACAUCAACUCAGACAACGGCAGCAUCUACAGCAUGCACUCGUUUGACUACGAAAAGCUGAAGGUGUUUCAGAUUAAGGUGCAGGCAAAGGACCACGGCUCUCCGUCUCUGAGCAGCAACGUCACGGUUCAUGUUUUUAUUCUGGACCAGAACGACAAUGCCCCUUCUGUUAUUUACCCCUCUACUGUCAUGGGCUCUGUCUCCCACCAGAAGAUGCCCCGGUUCGCUAAAGCAGGCCACCUCGUCACCAAAGUAACGGCAGUGGACGCUGACUCGGGCCAUAACGCCUGGGUUUCCUAUAGACUGGCGGAGGCCACAGACGCCUCUCUGUUCAGCGUGAAUCUGUACACAGGGGAGGUGAGGACUAAACGCACUGUUUCAGAGCAGGAUGACUCCUCUCAGAGGCUGCUUAUAGAGAUAAAGGACAACGGGGAACCGGUCCAGUCCGCCACAGUCACUGUCAACAUACUGGUAGAGGACGGGCUUCACGAGCCCAUCUCAGACUUCCACCUCAAAACAACAGAGCCCAGCAAACGGAACAGUAAAAUCACUUUUUAUCUGAUCGUGUCUCUGGCCUCCGUGUCAGUGUUGUCUUUGUUAACUUUCCUCAUCUUAGUGGUGAAGUGCGCUAGAAACAGCAGGAGCAACUCGAGUUGUUGUAUCAGACGGGCUGACUCUGACGGAUACAAGAAUCCCAACAGAAACCUGCAGAUCCAGCUAAACAGUGACGGGCCUAUUAAGUAUGUGGAGGUCCUGGGAGGAGACAUGUUGUCUCAGAGCCAGUCCUUCAGGUCGUGUAUGUCUCCGAUGUCAGAGUUCAGUGAUUUCACCAUGGUGAAGCCCAGCAGCACCACUGACUUUAAGGACAUGAUAAACGUGCUUGACGCAUCACUUCCUGACAGCGCGUGGACGUUCGAGAGCCAACAGGUGAGGUUUUGCAAGUUUUAA